AUGCCUAUCCUCAAGCCCACCGCUGUUUCUUCCAAGAACAUUCGCAUCGAGAUUGUUCCCAAGAAGACCAGCCCUGCUAUCAACCAGAAGCAGACCACCACCACCACACCCAAGCCCAUUGCCGCCGGGGUCAAGAAACUCACCACCAAAAAAACCUCUCCGCUUUCUCCUCAGACUGCGAAGAUUUCCAAGCAAAAGAAGAGCAAGCUGACCAUGACGGCUAAACUCAUGCGCGGAACAACCACGACCAAGAACAACUUGGUCAGCUGCGGCUUCAUGCCCCUUGGCGUGAUGGCAGCACCCACUCCACAGGCCCCCUAUCGUCUCCUCACGCCACCCCUUGUACCCUCCAUAGAGUCCAAGGUCGAGAUUGAGACGAAGGCUGAGCCGACCAACCAGAAAAAACAAAAAAAACCGAGACUCCAAGCUGGAAAAGCUAGGACUCUCGCGAGUUUCACCCCAAGCCCAACUCUAACAGAAACCCGGGAACACAACCACUACCACAACAACAACCAAACAACGACGGAAGAGCUCUUCGAGUCUUCCCUCCGUUCCCUGCCCGGUUUCGCCUUUGGGCUCCCAAUCCACCUCGCAGACGCCCGUAAGACGGCUCUCGCAAAGGCAUUCGGCUUCGGCAAGAAAAACGGCAACCCCAGAGCAGACGAACAACUCCAGCGCUUCGCCACAGAAGUCCUGGCCCUCUGCGUGGCACGCGGCACCAACUACAACUACAACAACAAAGCCCGCGCUCUCGCCAUGGGGAUUGCAGAAGAGGACCGCGAAGGUUACUUCUUCUCUGAAAUCUGCGUCGCCCUCGACUCUCUACACAAGGACGACAAGAUGUGGGUCGCGGGCUAUGGCAUCGCCGCCUUGGGAUUCACGGAUCUCAAGGUCUUUGCCGAGCUCCUCCUGGACGGCAGACUGAACUACCAAAUCGAGAACAUUUACAACGACGACAUCGACUUGAAGACUGAGCUGACGGAAGUAACGGAUCGCUGGGUGGAGAUCAUUUCGCAGUAA